AAUUCUAUAGUAAAAGCCCCAUGAAAAAAAAAAGAAAAAGCCAUAAAGGCCCAACAACCAUAAGGAGCCCAUGCAUUAGUUCUAGGGUUUCCUAAUUACAAAGCCCUAAAUCCUCUCGUGCUCACAUCCCCGAUCGGCGUCAGAGAGAGAGGUCGAAAAUGGUGACUUACAGGUUUCAUCAAUACCAGGUGGUGGGGAGGGCGCUGCCCACGGAGACGGAGGAGCACCCGAAGAUAUUCCGCAUGAAGCUUUGGGCCACCAAUGAGGUUCGCGCCAAGUCCAAAUUCUGGUAUUUCUUGAGAAAGCUUAAGAAGGUGAAGAAGAGCAAUGGUCAGGUUCUUGCCAUCAAUGAGAUAUUUGAGAAGAAUCCAACGACGAUCAAGAACUAUGGUAUCUGGCUGCGGUACCAAAGUAGAACCGGCUACCAUAACAUGUAUAAGGAGUAUCGUGAUACGACCUUGAAUGGUGGGGUUGAGCAGAUGUACACUGAGAUGGCUUCUCGUCACAGGGUGCGUAGUCAUUGCAUCCAGAUUAUCAAGACGGCCACUGUCCCGGCUAAGCUUUGCAAGAGAGAGAGUACGAAGCAGUUCCAUAAUUCCAAGAUCAAAUUCCCAUUGGUAUUCAAGGUGGUGAGGCCACCAAGCAGGAAGCUCAAAACCACUUACAAAGCAACCAGGCCUAACUUAUUUAUGUAAAAUUUUCCUCACCAGGGGAAAAUUGCCAGGUUAAAGAAUGUCGAUUCAAUCUGAUUUUUGUCAGUUGUAGAUUUUUUAUUUUCAUUUAUUUUGUUUGACUCAAGCUGGUAUUCAUUUUUUAUCAGCAUAGAUUGUUAAUUAGCAGGGCGCAAAGUUUUGUGAGGUCGAAAUUGUUUUCAUAUUUUGCUAUAAGUUUCAUACUAUUAUUCA